AUGUCGCAGUCAGAUUCUACCGCGUCACCCAGCGUAGGGAAUCGCAAAAGGGAUCUACUGCUGACCGGACAACACAGCGAUGUGACCUUUAUUGUGGGUAACCACCAUGGAAGCGGCGUACAGACCUAUCGAGCCCACAAGCGAAUUCUGCUGGGCAGCGGAAGCGCGGUUUUCCAGCGCAUGCUGGAUGGAGAAACUGGCGUCCCGUAUGAAUCGGUUUUCCAGGUGGCGGAUGUGGCACCGGAGGCGUUUCUGAAUAUGCUGUGGUUUCUGUAUACAGACACUGUUGAAAAUCUCACCUUGGACACCGCGUUUACCACUAUUUCGUGCGGUGACAAGUAUGGACUUCCGUUGCUGUGUGAAUUGUGCUGGAAAUUUAUUACCUCCAACGUGAACAAAGACAAUUGCCUGAUGAUCAUUCAGAAAGCGGAAGAGAUGAGCGCGCCGGAGGUUGUGAAAAAAUGUCUGGAACUGAUCGACACGUGCGGCGCUGAAGUAUUAUUGUCCGAUGGUUUUCGGACUAUAACGCGGACCAUCCUGGAAAUGAUUCUCAAGCGGGACUCGCUGACAGUCAAUGAAAAGGAUAUUUUCGAGGCGGUGAAAAGGUGGGCGAAGCAUGCAUGUGCCGUCGCCAAUGUGGAAGCGUCGGAGAAAAACUGCCGAGAAAUGUUGGGGUCAGUGUUUUUCCUCGUCCAGUUUCCGUUGAUGGCUUACGCGGAAAUCCUUGACGCAUAUCUAGCGGGUUGGUUGAAGGGUCGCGAAGUGGGACAGAUCUGCGCCAGUAAAUAUGCCGCUGAUGGCGCCCAACCAUCGAAGCAGUUUACCGGCACCCGGAAACCUGCCUCUCUGCCGACGCCCGUACAGCCACAACGCCACCAUCCAGACAACGGCGAACGCGCUGAGCGCCAGCCUUCGGUGAUUUUUGCCAAACAGCAUCGCAAGAAAGCGUCUGCGUACGAUUUGUUCUGCGCGAAGGAACGUAAGCGUAUCCGAGCGGCGGAUCCUAAGGGAAAUUGCGCUCCGAAAGAAAUGGCGCGCCGCUGGCAUGCCGCUGACUACGCCACCAAGCAACACUUCCAGCGAUUGGCGCAGUUUAAAAAAGCGCACAUGGGGAAGGGAAUGAGUGUAGUCAAAGAGCACACCCGCACCAGCAAUGACUGCAGCGUGAAAACCCCGCUUUACGAAAUAGGGAUCGACACUGCGGCUGCCACAUAUUUAGACUAG